CAAUUUGUUCUAAAACAUUUUAUGACUAUUACCCCUUCACUAGCUUACCUGUUUCAUCCAAAUUUUAAGAAAUCCUCUGUUCAAUUUUCAUUUAGGGUUUUGAAUUUCUCUCUAGUUUUGAGGUAUCCACUGAUUCAUCUCAAUCUCUAAAGAGACGUGAUCCUAAUGUGGGCUGCUACUCUACGGUCUCACUCUCCUCAACUCCUUCAACCAUGGAAGCUAGGGUUUUCAAGUUUCUAUCACUCUUUAUCUUCCAUAUCUAAACACAUGGGGCUUCUUGAGCUACAAGAAGUGGAGAAGAUUUUAUCUGAUGUUAGGGCAGAUAAUGUGAAGGUUAUACCAGCAAAUAAGCAGCAUGAUUGGGCUGAUUUCAUGGUCAUUGCAACUGGGAGGUCCACUUGGCAUGUUAGGAACAUUGCUCAAGCCCUAAUUUACCAGGUUAAGCAAAAGCAAAAAGGAGCUCGCCGGUUAGUGCUUCCCAGUGUUGAAGGGCAAGAAGGAGGAAAGUGGAUUGUGAUUGACUCUGGAAAAGUAAUAAUUCAUGCUCUUGAUGAGAAUGCUAGAGAGUACUACAAUUUGGAGGAUCUUUGGACAACAGAAACGUCUGAAAAGGAGCCAAUCCAGGAUUUGGAAAAUGCUAUGGUGAAGGUUCGUCGCAAGAAUAACUCCAAAAGACCACCCCAGGAACAUGCUUAAUCUGUCACAUUUUGUUUUUACCUUUAUUAUAUACAUUUUGCAUUGAAAGGUUCCAGCUUGUUUAAUAUGUAGACUUGGAGGAGCUAGUUAUCCCGUGUUAGUUUUCAUGAAAAUAUAUUGGUAUUUGAUUGCUAUUUAUUUGGUGUACUCCCCAAAAUUGUAAAGUGUUAGUUAUUAUUA